AUGGCUAAAAACAAAAGUGGUAGUGACACUGGUUCGAGUUAUCGCUCGAGUUUGGGCUCGGGCUAUGGGUUUGGAGUUGUCCCUAGUACCAUGGAAUCAAUUGCAAUAACUGCAGUGAAUUCUAUAGGUGCUGCUGUUGGGUUGGUUGAAAAGCCGGAGAAAGGUGAGAUAUGUUCGGGUUAUGGUCGAGCCUCCCAUGCUUUCAACAUCACAAAAAUUCUCGAAGACCACUCUGAAUUCUCCUCCUUCAAUGACCUCUUAUCCAAAACCAAACUCGCAGACCAAAUCAACAAGCGCGAGACUAUCACCGUCCUCGCCGUCGACAAUGGCGCCGUCUCCUACCUCUCCGGCUUGUCAGAGGACGAUGCCAAGAACACCUUGAGCCUCCACGUGGUUCUCGAUUAUUACGACACGAAAAAGCUCGAAAGGUUAAACAAUAAAUCCACCAUACUCACCACACUUUUCCAGGCCAGCGGCGAAGCCAGUGGGCAGAAACAAGGAUUCAUAAACGCCACAGUUUUGAGCUCUGGUGAUGUCGCAUUCGGUCCGGCUGCUCCGGACUCCACUCUCAACUCCAAUUUAAUUAAGUCAGUAGCUUCUCAACCUUAUAAUGUGUCAGUACUGCAAGUAAGCAGUGUAAUAGGCUCUUCAAAUUCAACGGCGCCUUCGUAUGCGCCUAUGAGAUCUCCGAAAAAGGCUCCGGCACCAAAGCAUGGGGCCGAAGCACCUGUCCAUGACGAAUCGCCUUCGGAUGCGCCUUCCGAAGAAAUGUCACCUUCUGAUGCUCCUACUCCUUCACCAAUGGACUCAUCGCCACCGGAACCGGGUGCUCCAACUGACAACAGUCCACCGUCUCGGGACGACGCUAAAGAGGGGUCUGCAUCGGGAGCAGCACCUGGUGCAGCCAUUUUUGGAUCAUCAUCAGUUGUUAUUCUGAUGGUUUUGUGGCCUCUGCUUUUGCUGAUGGUGUGA